CUUGCCGCCAGGUUGAGAAGGCUAAAUGGAAAAACCAGGAAGUGACGAGUCAAGGGCUUUAAACUGCACUUGAGCUUGGCUACUACGCGGAAAGUGUCUUCUAACAAAAGUAGGAAACUGAAGUGGCGAUUUUAUGUGGUUGUCAUUAAAUCUUUGAAGUUCCCCCCCGGGGACGAGGACUGAGGCCAUUGCAGAAUGCUUAGAAUACUAAGCUUUCUGGGCCAGAAACUGAUCCCCUGGUUUUCCAGUACGAUCUGAUCCCUGCUGGGUUUAUCUUUAUUUUGUUAACUGGGGCUCCGUAGGCAGAAGAGGGAAGACAGACACUCCUUUGCUUGCAGAGCCUGACCAGACAGGAAUCCUGACAAUUGCUCCGGCAAAACUAUGGCACUGAGCUGGGCUUAAAUGCUGAAGAAAUGGAAACCUUAUCACUGUCAAUUGAAGAGAAUGUUCAGCCAAGAAGCCCCGGAAGGAGCGGCAUGGAUGACUCUGGGGAGAAAGAUGAAAAAUUACCCAAGUCUGUCUGUUUUACACGCGAAUCAAUUAGUCGAGUUUCAGGAGCAGAGUCGUUGGAUGAAAAUUCAUCAAAAGGGGGAUUAGGAAAAGAGGAACCCCAAAGUGAGAAACAUAUCAAAAAGAGUCCUGCACUGGCUUCUGACAAGAGACCCAGCAGAGUGCCUUCAAAAUCAGUGGACUUAAACAAAAAUGAGUAUCUUUCUCUAGACAAAAGCAGCACUUCAGAUUCUGUCGAUGAAGAAAAUAUCCCUGAGAAUGAUCUUUCAGGACGACUUCACAUCAACCGCGUCUUUCACAUAAGCGCCGAGAGGAUGUUUGAGUUGCUCUUCACAAGUUCACGCUUUAUGCAGAAAUUCACCACUUCUAGAAAUAUAAUAGACAUUGUGUCUACCCCGUGGACUGUAGAAUCAGGAGGAGAUCAGCUGAGGACCAUGACUUACACUAUCGUCCUGAACAAUCCACUCACUGGAAAAUGCACCGCGGCUACCGAGAAGCAGACACUGCAUAAGGAAAGUCGGGAAGCACAGUUUUACUUAGUAGAUUCAGAAGUGCUGACACAUGAUGUCCCCUACCAUGAUUACUUCUAUACCCUGAACAGAUACUGUAUUCUCCGAUCUGCAAAGCAGAGGUGCAGGCUCAGAGUUUCCACAGAUUUGAAAUACAGAAAACAACCAUGGGGCCUUGUAAAAUCUUUAAUUGAGAAGAACUCCUGGAGUUCGUUGGAAAAUUAUUUCAAGCAGCUUGAAUCGGAUUUGUUAACAGAAGAAUCUAUGUUAAAUCAGUCCGUUGAAGACCCUGGAAAACUUAGCGGUCUGCGGAGGAGAAGGCGGGCACUGAGCCGAGCAGCAGAAGUAAUGCCCAAGCUCUCCUCCCAGUGUUCUUCUGGAGACAUGCGUUUAGAGGCCCGAGGGACCAUCUCAGGAAAGCAAAAGUUACUGGGGAGCCGUGACACUGCCAUUAUUGUGGUGAUGAGUGUUUUUCUGCUGCUGCUAGUUUUGUUGAAUGUCACUCUGUUUCUGAAGUUGCUGAAGAUAGAAUAUACUACCCAGACCUUUUACCGCCUUCACUUCCGGGAAGAGAAAUCCUCAGAUGUAGCCUCAGAUAUGGCCUCAAGAGCAGAAAAUUUUCAAAAGAACAAAGAUCAAGCCCAUCAUUUGAAAGGAGUGCUUCAAGAUUCCAUAGUGAUGUUGGAGCAGCUGAAGAGCUCACUAAUUAUGCUUCAGAAGACCUUUGACCUCCUAAACAAGAACAGGAGUGGUGUGUCUGGUGAAAGCUAGUGAUCUGCAUUGGAACUGCAGAGACAGUUGGAGCCAGAAGGAAACAUUGGGAAGAAAACCAGAGGAUGAAGGAUUUUGAUUGUCACACUUGCAUUUCCACGUUAAUUUUUGGGAUUUCUUUGAUGUCCUUGAGCAUUUAUCCUUUCACUUUCUAUUUAAGCUGUGAAUUUCUCCAGUACCCCAUGGAAUACAUUUUGGAACUGAAACUCUGUGCCACAAAAAGACCCUCGAGGGAAGUAGGUUUCUUUUUCUUUUUAAAGUGAGGCUUCACGCUUGAUGCUUACACCUGUUGGCACACAGUCAGUAUGUGCCCAGUGCUCCAGCUACGUCAAGAGCCCCAGGUGAAGUAAAUGGCUGAGAGGAGGGUUCCGUGGAGAAAGCACUGGCCACAUAAGCAUGCGUGCCAGAGUUCAGGGCCCCAGACCCCACAUAAAAAGCAGGAAGUUGUGGUGGGCUCCUGUCAUCCCAGCGCCCACGAUGGGAGGUAGAGACAGGAAAAAUUUCUGGAAGCUCUUGGGCCAGGCAGCCUGGUGAACAGAGGACCCCAAACAAGGUGGAAGUCAAGUCCUGAUGUGAAAGUUAUCCUCUGACCUCCCCACAUGUACCAUGCGUGCCCCCCCCACAAUUAAAAUAAGAAGAAACCUCUAAGUCACUGCAAAUUUUCAAGCACAUAUGUUUUCAGGUUUGUAUCAUGUAAAUAUUAAAGUAGGUUCAUUUAUUUGGCAUGCAAAGGUCAGUGGUCAAACCUUUCACAUCUGUAUAUUACUAAAUGAAAGGUUUCUUUUAGUCAUGUUGUAUCUUUAUGAGAAAAAAAUAGCUAUUUUUAUUAUUACAGUGGCAGGAGUAAAAUUAUUAUUCAUAAUCAAAAGACAGAAGAAUUGAGCCGGGUGUGGUGGCGCAUACCUUUAAUCCCAGCACUCAGGAGGCAGAGGUAGGAUUGCUGUGAGUUCGAGGCCACCCUGAGACUCCAUAGUGAAUUCCAGGUCAGCCUGGGCUAGAGUGAGACCCUACCUCAAAAAACCAAAAAACAAAACAAAACAAAACAAAAAAAACCAGAAGAAUUUAGGAAAAGGAAACAAGUAAGAUACUAUGGCUCAAAAUGAAGGAGUUUUAGAUGCCAGGAGACUGUGAUAAAAUCUGGGCAUUUCCUGACAAAUCAGAUGUAUACUUGAACUAAGCCUGGAUUCAGCUUAGCAAUCACUUGUGUUAAAAGUGAUCCAUCUGGUUGAGAAUAAUUUGUAUUUUCAGUAUCCACGUGGCACUUCGUCUUUAUAUGUGUGAAGCUUUUGCCAGUAAGUCAUAAGCCAGACACAUACUUGAGCUCUAUAGUAAACACUUUGGGCUCAUGUGUGUCAUGGUUGGUGUGAGUGCACAAACUCGUGAGCCAUGAGCGUGAGCGUGUUCGUAAAAAGUUUUUAGCACUUCAGUCUCAGUACAGGUAGUUUGUGACCUGACUUGAAACCAGACAUUUUUUUAAAAGGAGUCAGGACAAAUUCAUGAAGGGUUUAUUCUUUUGUCCCCAAGGAACACAACUAGAUUGGGUAUAUGUUCUUACUAUUUGAACAAACACUAACCUUAAAAUUUUUUUUGUUUUUAUUUUUAUUUAUCUGCAAGCAACAGACAGAGAAAGAGGCAGAUAGAGAGAAUGGGCAUGCCAGGGCCUCCAGCCACUGCAAACGAACUCCAGACGCGUGCGCCCCCUUGUGCAUCUGGCUAAUGUGGGUCCUGGGGAAUCAAGCCUUGAACCGGGGUCCUUAGGCUUCACAGGCAAGCGCUUAACCGCUAAGCCAUCUCUCUAGCCCCAAACACUAACCUUUAAUGUUUCCUUUUCCCUAGUGUCACUAAAGCCAAAUGGAUUUGCUAAGGUCACUUCUGAGAUGAUUGUAGAGCAUGAUACUUGAUUAGAGGGCAACUAAUUGACCCGGGGUUACAGCGUAAUAUUUGGGUUUCUCUGUUUUUUUUGAGGAGAACACAUGAAGUGUCUGGCUACGAGCAAGAGUGACUGGAUAAUGAACUUGAAACUUAAAUGCACAGAAAUGUUAACUGUUAAUAUUUUUUUGUCGUUUCUCUAAAGCUGUACUUUAUAAUAUACCUCAAAGAUUACCAAAGUCGCUUCAUACAUUAAGAUCGAGUACAUGUAUAUGCAGAAUUAAUGAAAAUUUGAACCUAUUAUGUAAACUGGACUUAA